GGCGUUGGUUUAGUACGUGUCGUCUGCACUGAACUGCUCUUGAGAAAGUAUGAUGAUCUGUUAAUCUUUUAUGGUUUACGGAUAUUUACUGCCAUAAAUUUACAUUUUUUUUCAAUUUCUUUAUAAUUGAAUGGUUUUUUCAAGAUGGGCGAAGAAAAACCAAUGGAAUUGACAGCUGGAGAAGAAUUAUCUAAGAAGGCUCUUAAGAAACAACAAAAAGAAGCUGAAAAAGCAGCAAAAAAAGCUGAACGUAAAGCUCAAGUGCAAAUGCAACAAGAUGCAAUAGAUAAAGAGGAUAUAUCAGUUGGCAAAUAUGGACAGUUAAAUAUGAUACAAAGUAAAGAAGCAUAUAAGGAAAGAAAUUUUGUUCAUGUGAAAGAAUUAAAUAAAAAAUUAGAAAAUCAAACUGUUUGGUUAAGAGGACGCUUACAUACAAGUAGAGCAAAAGGCAAACAAUGUUUUAUAGUACUAAGACAGCAGUCUUAUACGGUACAAGGCUUAGCUGCAGUGAAUGAACAAAUUAGCAAGCAAAUGAUCAAAUUUAUAUCAAAUAUAACAAAGGAAUCUAUAAUAGAUAUCGAAGCAAUUAUAAAAAUAGUGCCUGCUAUUAUUGAAUCAUGUACACAAAAGGAUGUAGAAGUACAUAUUCAAAGAAUUUUUAUAGUAAGUGCUGCAAAACCACAAUUACCUCUUCAAAUUGAAGAUGCAGCUAGAGCUGUUAAUGAAUCUGAUGAUACAGGAUUGAACAUAAAAGUUAAUCAAGAUACCAGAUUAGACAACAGAAUUUUAGAUUUACGUACUCCUGCUAAUCAAGCUAUAUUUAGAGUAGAAGCUGGAGUAUGCAAACUUUUUCGAGAUAUUUUAACAGCUAAGGGCUUUGUUGAAAUACACACACCAAAGAUUAUUUCCGCGGCAAGUGAAGGUGGUGCCAAUGUAUUUACUGUGUCUUAUUUUAAAGGAAAUGCAUAUUUGGCUCAAUCUCCACAACUUUACAAGCAAAUGGCUAUAGCAGCAGAUUUUGAUAAAGUUUUUACUAUUGGAGCAGUUUUUAGAGCUGAGGAUUCCAAUACUCAUAGACACUUGACAGAAUUUGUUGGUCUUGAUUUAGAAAUGGCAUUUAAAUACCAUUAUCAUGAAGUUAUUGAUACUAUUGGUCAAAUGUUUACUGAAUUAUUCAAAGGCUUGCGUGACAAUUAUGCCGAUGAAAUAGCAGCUGUGCAUCAGCAGUAUGCAGUAGAACCAUUUAAGUUCUUAGAUCCACCCUUGAAGUUAGAAUUUCCACAAGCGAUUGAACUAUUAUCUGAAGCAGGUGUAACUUUAGGAGAAGAAGAUGAUUUGUCAACACCAGAUGAAAAACUAUUGGGGAAACUUAUAAAAGCUAAAUAUGAUACAGACUUCUAUAUUUUGGAUAAAUAUCCUUUGGCAAUAAGACCUUUCUAUACUAUGCCUGACCCCAAUAAUCCUAAAGCAUCAAAUUCUUAUGAUAUGUUCAUGCGUGGUGAAGAAAUCAUAUCAGGUGCACAACGUAUUCAUGACCCUGACUUUUUAACAGAACGUGCCAAACAUCAUGGUGUUGAUAUUGAGAAGAUUAGGUCAUAUAUUGAUGCAUUUAGAUAUGGCUGUCCUCCUCAUGCUGGUGGUGGCAUUGGUUUGGAACGUGUGGUGAUGUUAUAUCUUGGUUUGGAUAAUAUUCGAAAAGUUUCUAUGUUUCCACGUGAUCCUAAACGUCUUACACCAUAGAUAUUUAUGCAUACUGUAUACUAAAUAUUUAGGGCAUUGAUAUUGCUUUAUAUAUUGACAUUUCUAAAGUGUUUACAAAAUAAAAGAAACAGAAACAAAA